AUGAUCACUCUCGAUAUCAUCAAUACCACGCAAGAGGAAGGAAAUAACUUAACAAUAAUACCGGCCGAGUUUGAUACGUCGGUCAUCGAGCAGCAAGAUGAUGAGUUGUAUUACGAGGAUGGCGAAGAAAUAGAACAACAAUGGCAGAUUGGCUUUGUCGUCUUGGCCUAUGUGAUUGCCUUCCUGGGGUCUUACUCAGCCAUCAGAUUACUGGAGCAUGGCUUGUGGAGAUCGGAACGAGAAAGGGAUAAUGCGACCACCAUCAUAUCCAGAUACCCCAAGUUUGCCACUGCCUUUGUAUUGGGAAUGUGUGCAGUAUGGUCGAUGCAUAUGGUUGGGAUGCAAGCCGUGGUGCUGGAUGGCGUGAACGUGUGCUACAACUGGGCACCAUCACUGGGCUCGAUGCUCUUGAGUGUUACAGGGUUCUGGGCCGGAGUAAGACUGGCGUCCAACGACAUUUUUGCAGGCGAAGACAGGGUGGAAAUACUGAAGCACCUUCUGGCCGGGAACAGGCAUGUAUCAUCGAAGCUGAACCGAGGCAAGGCAAGCCAUCAUAUUCACAUGGUUGCCCUCUUCCACAAGCUCCAUUGGAUUGCAGUCGCAAGUGUGUUUGCUGCAGUGGGGGCACUCUCAAUGCACUAUGUGGGCAUGAUAUCUGUAGAGGGGCCUUUUCGAAGAGAAUGGAACUGGGGCUUUGUGGGCGGAAGUGCCCUCUUGGGAGCCUUCGUUUGUUUUGCGGCAUUUUGGAUCCUCUUUCGUCCACUGCACUGGAAAGUGGAAAAGGGUUGGUAUCGGGUAGCCGCGGCUGGAGUCAUGGCGGCUGCUGUCUGUCUUCUGCACUUCUUGGGGAUGCUAUCCGUAACAUAUGUUGCGGACAGCAAUCAACAGCUGAACAAUCACUGUUCGCAAGACUUUCAGGGAUGGCGACCGAAUCAGCUCCAGGUGCUAUGUGUAGUUUUGCUUGUGCCUUGCAUUGCUUUCUAUGUCGAGCACACAAUCAGCAAUGAACUAAGGGUGACUUAUCGACAGUUGCUGGAUAUUCGCUUGACCGGUUCGCAGUUCAUGGAUCGAAAGUCAAAGAUGUCUCAUUUCUCCACGGCGGGCAGUACAAUGACAAGGAGCUCUCGCCCAUUUAGCUCUCGAAGUAGGAGCAGCGUCAAAAUCUCCGGUUUGAACCUGCCGCCGAGUCGCUACGAUUCGAAUGAAAGUAUAGGUCCUCGAGGCCGACACUCCAUGUUGAGCGACGAAUCAGCAAUGUCGGCAUUAUCAGAACACCAAAAGUUGUGGAACAGAAACUACACCUUCGAAGAGGACAAGAAGUCAGCCGUGCGGGAGGGAAACUCUAGCGAUGAAGAGCAGGACGAUUCGAUUGAACGUGCUCCUGAAAAAAGGGCGGGAGAGCAACAAUCCGCUGUUGAUGACGAGACCGAAUCGGAGGAAGCAGCCAGGAAGGGGCUUGAUGUGGGAGAGCAACAGUGCCCUUUGAAUCGAGAGGCCACAGCGGAGGAAACAACUAGCAAGAUCGAUGAUGCUGAACAGCAACAGCAAUUCUCUUUGGGCCAAGAGGCUGCAGUGGAGGAAGGGACCAGCAAGGAGCUUCGCGAUAGUAGCAAGGAAGAAACAACGGAAGACACAGAUUGCACUCCACAACCUGACGACGCUCACAGCGUCACCAUCAUAUCCACUAAUGCAGAUCUUCCAUUAGAUACUCCUACAAUUCCAGAGGAUGCUGCAAGUGAUUCAUCUUACUUUGAAGACGAAGCUUCCGUGGAUCUGGAGGCAGGGCAUGACAACUUAAAUUCCAGCCACCAAUCCUAUUACUCUGAUUACAGUGAUUCUGACUCUGGCUACAGUGAUUCCGAUGGUGACCAAGUUGGAAGCUUUGACGAUCCAGACUCCCUCGAGCGUUUCAAACGACGAGAGUCAGUAAGUUUGCAAGGUCUGAUUGAAGAUAUUUCCAGGCGCCAUUCUUUGCGGCACUCUCUGCGACAGUCUAUGAGUCCGGGACAAACGCAGAGCCAUCGGAGAGCGAGAAGGCAUCAUAGCGCUAGCCAUGCACUUGGAGCGGACGAUUCAGACUCCUCCCAAUCUACUGAUGGCAUCAAGCCCAUGCCACUAAAAGCAAUUUGGGAUGGAUCCAAAUGGGUGGUGGAUGGCUCUAGAGCUUUUGUGGAUGGGACCACUCAAGUUGUUAUGGGUGGCUCUAAGAAGGUGGGAAAGAUGGUUGUAAAGGGUGGGAAAAUGGCCGGCAAAGGAAUUACCAAGGCAUCCCAUGCAGCUGCAGACACUGCAAUGGCCUUCAAACCUCUCAGAAGGUCCAACCAGACCCCCGAAACACAAUCACUUCGUCGCUCUACUGGUCAUAGGGGAGCACCUGUGCAGGGGGGAGCACCUUUCAGUCGAUCUCAAACUGUGGACUCGGCACGUCACUGUGCAGAUUUGGGGGUAGCCCCCUGUAGAACAAAUGUAGGUGAUUUUAGUGGCAGUGAUUUGCUCGAGGGAGAGUUGCAAGAGGUUGCUCUGGACGAAGAACACCAAAUCUCCAAUGGCCACCCUAGGUGGUCGCAAGAGCCUUUUCAAACAAUUUGGGAAGGACCAAAAUGGGUGGUGGAUGGAUCCAAGGCCAUCGUUGGCGAGACAACUCAAGUUGUCAUGGGUGGCUCCAAGAAAGUGGGAAAGAUGGUUGUAAAGGGUGGAAAAAUGGCUGGCAAAGGAAUUAGCAAGGCAUCCCAUGCUGCUGCAGACACUGCAAUGGCCUUUGCACCACUCAGGAGAACCACCCAUAUUCCAGAAACUCCCUCCCUCCGUCGCUCCACUGGUCAGGAGGGAGCACCUGGGCAAGCGGGGGCACCUUUCGGUCGGUCUCAAACUGUGGCCUCUAUCCGACGCUCUGGAGACGUUGAGGAAUCCCCCUCAGGGCAAUUGGACACAAAUGCCCCAGAUUUGAGCGCCAGUGGUGUGUUGGAGGGAAACUGGCAGGAGGGCGGCCUGGAUGGUUCCCAGCAAGUCUCUAACGGCCGACCUAGACGAUCAAUAGAGCCACUUCAUGCAAUUUGGGAGGCCUCCACUGCUGUUGUGGAUGGAUCCAAGGCCAUUGUUGGCGAGACCACUCAAGUUGUGAUGGGUGGCUCCAAAAAGGUAGGAAAGAUUAUGGUGAUGGGUGGAGCCAUGGCAAGCAAAAGUGUCGUGAAGGGUGGGGCCAUUGCAACCAAAGGUGUUGUGAUGGGCGGAGCCAUGGCAACCAAAGGUGUCGUGAAGGGUGGGGCCAUUGCAACCAAAGGGAUCUCCAAGGCAUCGCAUGCUGCAGUAGACACAGCUGGAAACGCCGCAACCUUUGCAACUCCAUUUCUCAACUUCAUCCUGAUGGAUGAAAACCAGGGCCGUCGUCGUCGGUCGGGUCAUUGUGAUCCGGACGCAAGCGGAAGAUCCAGUACAACCAGUAGAGGACCAUACAUGGACUACAGCAAACGAUCCAACACAAGUCGGCGCAUCCUGGGCUACGGCAAGCCAUCCCAUCUUCACCAAGUCCCUGAGCGCCACCGAGGACCCCGGCGCGAGCGAGUAUCCCGGCGUGACCGAAUCCAAAUUCAAAAGGGCAAAAUGGACGGAAGCAAAAGAUCAAUGCGGGGCGCGCCUCCACGCGACCGCAGCAAUCAAUGCCAUUUGGACGAAAGCAAAAGGUCAAUGCGGGGUCAAGAACGCCGUCGCCCCCCGACCACCCAAGACCAAGUGAUCGCCACUACCGGCCGAAGAGAGCCCUCAAGGCACCGUGCUCGUGACCAUGUCACUUUCAAUGUUGGAUCAACACGACAACUUGAGGUUCGUCACCAUCAUCAACAUGGCAUUCGAGUUGACCGGGGCCAUUUGGGCGUGAUCAAAGGAACUCCUCCGGCAUAUUUAGAUCUGGCGGAAGAGAGAACCCGUCGCUUUUCUUUUUGA